AUGGUGUUUGUUACUGUCCAAGACUUUCACUCCAUGUGCCAAAAGCAUUUUCACUACCUCUUGAAAAAAGGUGACCGCUCGAGCCCCUCUCUAGGAGGCUCUUCGGAUUCUUUCCUCAAGGCUUCUCGUCCUGAGAUCUUGAGUCUCUUCAUGAGAUCAACGCUUUUGGCUUUGUUGUUUCUGUCAUUUACUUGGUUGAGUCUGCUCAAGUUUGGAACCGAUGCAACCGCUGCUACAACUAAAUCGGUCGAACCCAACCAUGCCGAUCUAUUGCCUUUGCUUCUGAAUGAUUUAGAGAAGGAAGGUCUCUUCAGGCUUGGAGAUAAAGCACUCGUCCUUAGAGGAGGAGAUGAUGAGGUCACUGUUUCUUCAUACUCUCAAACAGUGAUUGAAAGCGAGAUGCUUCUUGUGUCCGCAAACGACGAGGAGACGCAAAGCACGGUUCCUAACGAGAGCUUUGAUUUCGCGUUUGCGCAUUCUCGUCACAUUGACUCUGCUGAAUUCAUAGACCGAGCUCUCAAAGUUGGCGGCAUCCUCACCGUCCAGCUCAACCUUCAAGAUCUUCCUUCGAAUUUCUUGAAAUAUUUGAACUACGAGAUAGUCUACAUGAGAAGCUCCGAGUACACGGUUAUGGCGAUGAGGAAAACAGGAGAAAAAGAGAAAAAUAAGAGCUUAGUCGCCUCCGGGAGGAAGCUUCUCGGUAUCGAAGAAGAAGAGAACAAGAAGAAAGCUUUGAGCAAGCUAGAGGAUGUUCUCCUUGAACCACCAAGAUCAGCUUCAAGAAAAUCAAGAACCUACUCUAAACGGACACGGUACCUUCCCGACCUUAUGGGAGACAGUUUGGACCUUGGGAGCUACUCGAGGAGGGUGUUCAUCGACGUGGGUAACGGAAAAGGAAGCAGCGGAACAGAAUGGUUUGUUAAAAACUACCCAACGAGGAAUCUGAGGUUUGAGAUGUACAAGAUUGAGACGGUGAACGAUGAUGUGAGCCAAGAAGCUGAUAACAUGGGGAUGACGGAGUGGCUGAACGAGAAUGUGAAUGAGGAUGAAUACGUGGUGAUGAAGGCAGAAGCCGAAAUGGUGGAGGAGAUGAUGAGGAGCAAGACGAUAAAAAUGGUGGAUGAGCUUUUCUUGGAGUGCAAGCCAAAGGGUUUAGGGUUAAGAGGAAAGGAGAUGCAGAGCAAGAGUGGUAGGGCUUAUUGGGAGUGUUUGGCUCUGUAUGGCAAACUAAGAGAUGAAGGUGUUGCUGUGCAUCAAUGGUGGGGUUGA